AUGGCGACCCCAAGCUCAACACCAACACCAGUUUCAUCACUGACAGCUGUGACAUCACCAGAAAAUGCAUUUCCCCAACUAUCAGACUCCGCAGCAGUUAGUCCAAAUCGACGUUCCUGGAGAUCAAUCAUUGAAUCCAUCCGAUCCACAAGUAGUAACGAGGUUUCCCAUGAUUCGUCAGAGCGGAUUACUGCGUCACACGAAGAAAGGGGUUUUGCGAGGCAGAUAUGGGCAGAUAGGAUAGAAAGCGCAGCGGGAGGAUCGGAGUUCAGCGGCGAUGAUGCAAGCAGCAGCGAAAAAAGUUAG